CGCGACAACGCGUGUUUUUUCAGUAUCAUUCCCCACCCUCCGUUCGACUCCCCACUCCUUCUGUCAUGGUUCGCAUCACAAGCGUACAAUAUGAGCAAGCCUACGAACAGAUCAAACGUGACUCUAUAGAAGGCAGCUGCAUCGUAUUCGUCGCUUCUGAUGUUGACGCUUUGUGUGCUUGCAAGAUUUUCCAGGGUCUCCUGAAAAGUGAUAUCAUACAGCACAAAAUCGUCCCUGUGGCAGGGUACAAAGACCUCAUGAAAGCGAAUGAAGAGCUGAUCAAGAAAGACCUCGAUUUACGCUCGGUGAUUCUCAUCAAUUGUGGUGGGCUCGUUGAUAUCACACAGUACAUCCAAGUCUCGGAGCAAGUCAACAUCUAUAUUAUUGACAGUCACCGACCCUUGAACUUGGAUAAUGCAGUUCACGACAACAGAAACGUAUUCGUAUUCGAUGAAAAGGAAAAUGAUGCAAAAAUGGCUGAAAUGAUCGAAGCUCACGAAGCACUGAUGUAUAAUUCGGAUUCGGAAGAAGACAGCGGUGAAGAUGAUAUCAUGGGUCGCGAUGAUGAUAAUUCGGAUAUGGACGACGGAGACGAUGGUCGAAUUCAGAGCGAUCGACCACGGCGGCGAAGGCGUCUGGAUGAUGAUGUAGUUCAUUCACGAAAAGAGCGGGCUCGAAAACGAAGGCAGCAGAAUCGUCUCUUGGCCGAAUACUAUUCCUCAGGCGUCUACUACGCUAAUUCCUCGGCAGCAAUCGUCUACUUACUUGCCUCCCAAUUAUCCAAAACAAACAAUGAAUUGCUAUGGCUGGCCAUUGUCGGCGUUACAUCGCAGUAUAUCUUUGAACGGAACGAUACCGAUAAAUACAUGGAGCAAGUGAAUAUAUUUGCUGACGAUGUUUCUCGCUUCAAUAUCCAUAUGUCAUCCGAUAUGGAUGGGUACUCUCAACCCACCUCUCUUCACACAAUCCAAUCGGAUGAUGAAUAUCGCUUCGUGCUCUUUCGACAUUGGAGCCUUUAUGACAGCAUGUUUCAUUCAGGCUAUGUGGCAAGCAAAUUGGGCGUUUGGCGUGAACACGGUAAAAGGCGUUUAAACAACAUGUUUGCAAAAAUGGGAUUUUCCUUGCAACAGUGCCAACAGAUAUAUACCCAUAUGGAUAACGACCUGAAACAAAUCCUGCGCAAGAAAAUAGAGGAAGUAGCACCGCUGUAUGGAUUAACGGACAUUUGCUUUCGAAGUUUCUCGCGUCAUUACGGCUGGCGGAUGCAGCUUUCGGCGAGUGAUGUGGUCUAUGCGUUAGCUACAUUAUUAGAAACCAGUCCAGCUGCAGCCACACGACUGGGAGAAAACGUGCAAUGGAAUGAAGAUCAAGAUUGGGACGCUCUUGAAAACGAAUCAGGAGAUCACGGGGAUGGUCUAGGAAGUGUACGCCAGAAAUGGUGGAUGCGAAACUUUUAUACCGCUUAUGACGCCGUCAACAGCGCCGAGGGUCUGCAACGAGGCAUUAAAUUAUGCAUGAAAAUACAAAAGGCCAUUGUGCGACAAGCGACAGCCAUUAUUGAUAAACGUUCUGCGUCAAAAGUGAGAGCCUUCCGCUUCAUCGUCGUCAAGGACGGUCCUGAUCUACCGCUUUUUCAACAUCCUUUAACACUGUCAAAACUCGCAUUAUUCCUGACCGAUGCCUUUAGAGAACACGGCAAAAGAAAUCUUCCAUUCGUUCUUGCUUCUCUGGAUGAAGAACACGAUUCCUAUCUUGUUGUAGGGAAAACAGGCGCUCCUGCAUUUGGUGAUAUUCGUAAAAAUCCAUUUGGCAUUGCAUUUCAGGAAGCGUCAGAGAGAACUGGAGCCCGCAUAUCAUUGGAUAGCUUCGAGACAUCCGUGCUUCAGAUCCACAAAAAUGAUCUCGAUCACUUUGUGGAAAACUUGUAUAUUCGCAAUAUUUUAUCUUUCUAGUUACAUUCACCAAAGAGUUUCCCAUUGUUACUUGCAUUUCAUAAAUAUCGUUCUCCUGCAUGCUCCAAAACAGAACUAUUUAGACCUACAUCUUUGCUGUUAUAGAUAGCUUCCAGUAUUGUAAUAGUGCCCAUAUAAUACACAUAAAA